AUGGCCAGUACUUAUGUCACUGCAUCUGAUGGGUAUUGUCUUGCUGAACCAGUGCAGUACUAUGAUACUUUGCCAGAACAAAUCAAUUAUCAGCUGUACAACACUGAUUUUCAAGAAUCACCUUAUUGCCAGUAUUCUACUGUCCAGUUUCCUCCAGCUCUACAGUCCCAGUCUUUACAAAGUCAUUUCAACUCUCAUAGCUUGGAUCCACCGUUCAGUGGGGGAGAGUAUGGACUUCUUUCCUGUGAAUUAAAUAAAUCCACUUACAUGGUUGCCCACGAUGCUGAAGAUGGUUACCCUGGAAUAAAAAGGUCCAGAAUAACUCAUUCUUCCAUUCGUAUUAAGGGACAGGAAGAACUCUGUGUAGUUUGCGGUGAUAAAGCAUCAGGAUAUCAUUACAAUGCACUUACUUGUGAAGGUUGCAAAGGGUUUUUUCGAUGUAGCAUCAUCAAAAAUGAAGUAUAUCGUUGCAAGAAUGGUGGUCACUGUGAAAUGGACAUGUACAUGCGUAGAAAAUGUCAAGAGUGCAGACUAAAAAAGUGCAAGGCAGUAGGAAUGUUGGAAGAAUAUAAGUGCCAUUGUUUGCUCACAGAAAUUCAAUGCAGAUCAAAGAGACUUCGAAAGAACUUUAAGCAGAAGAAUAAUUUUUACUCUAACAUCAAAGUGGAAGAGGAGCGGGUAAACAACAAGCUUGUGUCACCUACCACUAGAUCUGGAAAAGUGAUUCAGGAAAGCAUGGAACUAACUCAAGAGGAACAUCAGCUCAUUAACAACAUUGUGGCCGCUCAUCAAAAAUAUACAAUUCCAUUAGAAAAAACAGGAAGAUUUCUGCAGGGAUAUGCAAAUCCUGAACUGAUCUUGCGACUCUCAGAGACAGUUGUCCUACAUAUACAGAAGUUAAUGGAUUUCACCAAGAGACUCCCGGGAUUUGAAAAUUUGACCAGUGAGGAUCAGACUGCAUUACAGAAGGGAUCAAAAACUGAAGUGAUGUUCCUUCAUGUGGCCCAAAUUUACAGUCAAAAAGAAUGUCUUUCAUCAACUUCUGAAAGCAAAAAAGGUACUAUGAAAAUAUCAGAUCAUUCACUGAAUUGUCAUGAUCAAAGUCGUGAUAGAAGUGCUAUUUAUCCUAUGGAAACAUUUUGCGAUGAAGAUUGUCCUUCGGCUAUGCUGACAGUCUUGCGCCACGGGCCACCGGAGAUCGCCGACCGUUAUUUAGGCGUUAAACCGCCAACCGCCCUGCACCUCCUCCCUCCUGGCCGCUCGGCCGGAGCGAUUUCCCGCCUUUUCCGAGGUUCGGAGGCAGAAGUUCGUGUUGGUUCUUUCUGCUGCCCUAAUAAGCAGCAGGUGGCGGUUCGCCUGAGCACCGAGCCUGCGGUUUCCCGCUAG